AAAUAAAUAAAUAAAGAGCAUUGCAAAAUAAUUUUAUGACAUUCUCGACUUGUGGUAGUGUUGGUGCUGGUUGUGCAAUAUUUUUCGCCGUCAAUAUAUUUAGCUUUUGUUGAGCAGAGUUUGGUUUUUUAUUUUAUGAUUAUGUCAAGUGGUCGCAGUGCUCGUUUGCCCCCCACACCCAAUGCCCCCAAUAAUAAACAAUGGGCUGUCACCAAUAAUGCAACGGUUUCCUCCUCUUCAGCAUUGUUGUCAACAGCAUCUGUUUCUCUACGUGAACCCAAUAGUAAUAAUGUCAUGAAUUCCUAUAACAUUAGCAACAGUAUAACGACCAGAAUCAAUAUGACUCCCAUAAUUGGCAUAAGCAGUGGUGCUGUUGUCGGCGAUGGUGGCAGUGUUGACGGUGACGGCGGCGGCUUAAUCAAUAGAGUUGAUGUUGCCACCGAAGGUAUCCCUGGCGAGACCAUAGAUGCCUUGGGGCCUGAGUUGGCUGUUGCCACAUCCCAAGUUCUCGAAAAUCUAACUGAGAAUGAACGCAAAAUGAUUAUCGAAGUAUUAAAUCGUGACGAAAAUGUUCGUCAACGUGACGCCACACGGAUCAUGCUUUUAAGAGCUGAACUGUUAUCAUUGCGACGCAAAGGUGCUUUAAAAAUUGGUGGAGCUUUAGUAGGCAAUGGUAGUAGUACUGGUGUUGGUGUCAGUGCUCAACACUAUGAUAGCUCAUCUAUUAUACAACAACAUCAACAUCAACAAUAUCAGCAUCAACAACAGCUACAGCAACAACAACAACAACAACAUCAACAGCAACAAUAUCAAGUAGAACAUAACAAUCAUAAUCGUACCGCUCAUCCUGCGCCAUACGAAUCAAAUCGCCACUGCGCCCGAUGCAAUAUUGAAUUGGGUCGAAUUACAAAUAGAGGCGCGCCGUGUCGUGUCUGCAAGCUAAGAGUAUGCAAGGCGUGUCGUGAGUUUACUACACGCACCACCGAUUGGGUCUGUGUUGUCUGUCACAAACAAAUGGAGAUUCAGGCUGCCAGCCGUGAUUGGUUAGGCGAUCUCACACAAACGUCAAGUGAUAGCGUUGGCGACCAUUUGCCCACUAGCGAUGUAUUAAGGAAAAGUAUUCGACGUUCCUGGACCAUAUCAAACGCGGACGACGAUCCUAAUAAUCCCAAUGCUCAAAAUCCUGUUGCUAACAAUCUCUAUCCGCAACAGCAGAAUCUCAUCGAAGGCCAAACAGCAGGGAGUUUUCCAUCGUUAAUUGUACGUCAUCAUUCACCACGUAAUCAUCCUAUGAUUAACUACAACACCGGUAGCGCUACAACCAUUGCGGGUAAUAUCGGUACUAAUCAAACGCCACCACCUUUUCAUGUGCAUACGCAACGGCGUAUUUUACGUCAAUCGACUUUACCUACCACCUUACCGAAUAACGAAUUGAAUUUGCGUAAUAGCGGCAGCAAUCCAGAACAUUACAAUAAUGUUAAUUUAACUGCCCCGACAUCACCACAUCAGCUACACCAAACUCCCUUUUAUUCAGGCGACUAUAAUAGCGAUGAUGUUCUAAAUAUUGAAAUUAGCAGUGAUUGUGAUAAUUACGCGCAAGCUCCAACAUUGACGCAAACUCCUCAGCUAAUUCAACAAACAAACAUAGUGCAAUCCUCAAGUGUUAUCAAUACGCCGACACAUCACCGUUUACAGGUGCGCCGACAAUCGACACUUCCAGCUAAUCCGUUAUUUAUGUCUACAUCACCAAAUCGCGCAUACAGUCGUUCACCAGAACGUUCACCAGGCGAACAACAGCGUUAUCCUCCAUUUGUCAGACAAACUUCUUUUCCAUGUAAUCUCACUGAACCUCAAGUUGCCAUAAAUCAGACUUCUUUGCAUUUAGGUAGCACAUCCAUUUCUACAUACCCUUCACCAAUGCACAGAACAAAAAUGCUACCCUCAACUGUAAAUCAGCCACAACCGCCAACACAUUAUCAAGAGCAAUAUGACCAAACAAUCAAUCAGCCAGAUGAAUCAAAUAUUUUGAAUAAGCCGCGUAUAAUGCGCCAGGCCACGCUGCCUAAUCCAGAACAGCAUAUUAAAUUAUUACCCACCUCACCGCCAAAGCGUCAGACCUCCCCGCAAUAUCGACGUUCUCCCGAGUUUAUGCGCCAACAAACCUUGCCCAAUCCGGAAGCAUUCGGCAGUAACUCCCUGACAGUGCAAGGGCCGGCUAAUCCUGCUUCACAAGCUAAAUUUUUACCCAUAUCACCGUUACAAAAGCAAAAUUUUCUGUUUCCCAAUGUGCAAAAUCCUCGUCAAUUUUUGUCCCAGCAAAAUGUCCCGGCCGUAGAUGGAGCAGACCCCGUUGUUGGUGGUACCGGAGAUCAAUAUUCCAGCAGCCAGAGUGUAAAUAUUCAUCACUCGCGUGACCAUAAUAAAAUGAUGAAGGUGCGAAGUCAUAGCAAUGAAGAGUAUUCCAUAACUAAAUCUCAUCAUUUGGAAAACCGCCGUCUGUUGCCUGAAAUACCUACAGCUGGUCGCUCUAUGAAUCGCUCUCCUAGUCGAUUAGUCAGGCAGGAUUGCCUCAAAGAUGACCGCGGAACAGCGACGCAUGGAGAUCACCGUACUUUCGGUGAAGCCAAACAACAAUUCCAUCAAUUUCAGAAUGUGACCGAAGAAGAUGAUAAUCGACCGGAGUACAUGGAUUACUUUGGUGACAGUUCAAGCAGUUUUCUCGAGUCAGAUGAAGUGCAAUACGAAAAAAAUUACAAUACCGGUUUUAGCAGCGAGCCACGCAUUAUAUACAAUGACGGUUCAGACGACGCUAGUUAUCAACCCUAUCAGCGCCCGAUGGUACAUAGUGCUGAAAAUAUGAUGACAGUUGAACAAAAUUAUAUCUAUUACGGACCAGAAGGUGAUAGCCUAGGUGCAAACCUAACAGCUAGUGCUGCUGGAGUUUUGCCACGCACACCGAUCAUACACAACCGUUUGAGACGUAGGCAAUCCAGAGAUUUACCUAUGCCGGCGGAGGAGUUGUCACAGAUUUCGGGCGCUGCUGAAACACAGCAACCAGCAAUAAGUGUAGCUGUUGACGAGAAAAAACCGGCAGAGAAAUUUAGCGAACGCCCUAAGCCGGAACAAAUGCGAUCGGUUUCAGAGGAUUCCGGUUCUAAAGAUAGUAUACCAAAACCGAUGCCUCGACGUUCGCUAUCACAUCCCGAAAAAGAAACUCAAACUUCUAAAAAGGUGGAACCAACUAAGAUACCCAGCCCUAAGCCAUUAGCUGACAUACUCGAUAAAACGCGACCAAUUAGUAAAAUACCUACGUCUACAAGAAGACGUAGCAGUCGUGGUUCUAUUACAAACGAUGUUGAAGAUGGUGGUAAUUUGAAAUACUACGUAAACGAAAAAAGAAAUUCCGAAUUAUCCGCAAUAACGAACAACAAACCAUUAACAGACGAAAUUCAGCAGCAGCAGCAGCUAGACGAAACCAGUAAAAAGCGAACAGAGCAUCCGAUUACGGAGAAAGCUAAUAACUUAGGAACAACAGAGCAACAGCAACACGGCAAUAAAAUCCCUGAGGAUGAGGAGAAAAAGUCAAACGAUAGCAACACAAAAGACAAUCAACGACAGCAGGAGGAACAAAAUAACAAUAACAAUGAUAACGACCGAGAGGGGAGAAGUUUAACAGUAGCAAAGCAAACGUAUACCUCCACGCUGGGUGAACAAGAAAUCCAAAAUGCUGUGGAAGCGGCAGCAGUUAUUUUCAAAAAAGUAGUUUUGCAACGUCGUCAAGAGAAGAAGGCGGCAGAAGAGGAUGCCUAUGAUACAAUGGAAACCUCUUCGGAAAUGGAGUUUAAAUCGAUCACUAUAAACCACGCCCACUAUAAUAUGGAAGCCGAUGAAUUUAAAUUAGUUUUCAUAAAUUCAGCAGAUUCUGCUUCAUCGUGCCGAGAAGAUGACGAAUUUGAAGAUAGCAGUUCUUCAACAUCUUCAUCAACUCGUAAUUGUAGUAGCAUAACAAUUGAUGACUGCGAUUGGGAUUACUUUGAGCCGUCCAUGAUAAAUACCAGUAUCAGUAAACAUAUUCGCUAUUCACCGCGCGUAUCGCCGCUAGUUCGCAGACGUUAUACGCGUGAAUUUAAAUCAAGCGAUAGUACAGCUUCACCUACAGAAUCGCCCCUCUUGUACCGGAAGCAACUUUUACAUUGUCCACGAAUUAAGGAAAGUGACACGGGCACGGAUGAAGAGUUUCUAAUGCAAGGAGAAAGUUCUAGUUCAGAUGGCUAUUUGACGCGAUCGCCAACUAGCCGCGGUCAACAUCAACUAAGCAUGAAAACGAGGAUAAAAACUCGUUUACUUAAUAAGGAACAACAUCACCCAAAAUCUUAUCGUCACAGUUCACCGCGCGGCAAUGGGCAGGGACCACCGGAUAGCUGCAGUUGCGGCGCUUCCAAAAUUAGUCAAAAAUUGGAAAUUAACAAAUCAAAUGCGCAUGUAACUCUUCAGCCGCAAUACGUGCCAAUACCGGUUCCCGUGCCAAUACCUGUACCCGUGACUGCCUACCCGUAUUGGAAUCCCAACGAGUUGCCUUCACCUCUACAUACCUUGCGUUCAGAUACAGAUGAAAAGAGUCUGUGCGCUUCCUUACAAAAACUUUGGAACUCUGCUGCCGGUUCCAAUUUAGUCAACUCAACAGCCAGCACGAAUAAUUUACAAGCUGCUGCAGCUGCAGCUGUGGCUGCUGCCUACAAUAAUGCUGCCACCUACCAGCAUUUAACUACUCAUAAAAUGGAUAGCACUUUCAAAUUUUCCGCGCCCGACUUGACUUCUUCCACGCACUCCCUAACUGGAAUGACCCAAUCGCAUUGUUCAACUUCUUCUGGUUACGGUACCAACACAACCACCGGCGGUAGUCUAGAGACUUUAUUAAAUGUUGAAAAGCUCUCAGCUCACCACCAACCACAUAAUUUGUACCCACACCAACUUAGCCACCGCCAAACCAGAAGUAAUAAAACAUAUGUUGUUAGUAAUAGGAAUUCGAUACACACAAUAAACGACAACAACAGCAACUUUAACGACGACCAGCCCCAACAGCACUUCUACCAGCCAAACGAGUAUGCCGUUAUCGAUGACGGCAAUUCAGACUGUCCGAAAACACCGAACGAUCCAAUAACGUUAGUAAGUGCAGAACCAUUGUCGGGUUCAAAUCACACUUUAAAUCGCGCGGACACACGUGAAUGUAGCAUAACGCGCAAGGGUCAGAUUGUUAACGAAACAAUUGAAAAUGAAACACUAUCCCUGUCGCAGAGUAAAACAUCAGGCAAUUUAGAUUCAAAAACUAUACAAUUCGAUAACAUUCGCAUACGGUCAACUGAUAAGUUAAAUAAUAAUUCAACUUCAGUUAACAAAGAUAACAAGAAUUCAACGAAUAAAACAAAGCAAAAUACAGCAGAAUUAGUUUUUAAUACAGAAUUAGAGAAAAAUAUUUUACAUAAAGAUAGAAAACAAGUUUACGGAUCAAAUUCUAGUACCAAUGCUAUUACCUCACUACCACCGCAACCACCAAUAGUAAACACAAAUGUAAAGUUAACGCAUACAAGCACAAACGAUACUUUAGGCAAACAAACUGCUUUGGCUAACAAUUACUGCGAACAAUUGCACGCCACCUUGCACAGUAAGAGGCAUAAUGCAGACGGAGUAACAGAGCAGAGCAAGAGAGCGAAAAUAGAAACGCGUGAGAGUUUACCUCUCUCGGCGGAUCGUUUUAACCGAAAACAUAAUGGCAAUGAAAACGUAAUACUAAUAGAGGACCAGAAUGGCAAUAAAACUCAACAUAAUGAUAUCAGUGGAGAAGAGAACAAUAAAAAAUCUAUAGAGCCGGUAAUAAGUUGUUGGCCGCCUUUGAAGUCUUUUUGUUCGCAUGAUUUGACGGUGAAUCAAAAAAGUUGUAACUCUGCUUCUAGGCACAUUAGUGACAACUCAUACCGCAUUAAUGAUUGCAAAAAUAAAGUAGAUAAUCAACUGCGAGCACCGAAAGAAAAUGUGGAAAGUCAAAAACAAAAACAUAAGCAAACCACCCCUUCCGAUUGUACGACAGCUGCUGGCGUUAUAAAAGUCUUUAAUUUACACAAAAUUGUACAACCUGCAGUUGUUGGCAAAUUGCCAAACAUAACGGAGGUGGCAUCAACGAUUAAUUAUUCUAUUACCGCCGGCAAACACAAAGCGGCAGCACUUUCGAUAAGAAAAACGACUAAAAAUAGCCUCGAUAUGUUAAAAAUUGGCAAAUCAGAAGAUCUAAACCCAUUAAUUGAUGGGUACCUGCAAAGCGAACGAAAUUUUUCUAGUUCUUCUUCGGAAGACUCUGAAUCCGAUAUACAGUCGGAAAACGAUAAAGAUAAGAGCGACAGUUCCGAGAAUAAAUAUUAUAAAAGCAAUCGACGUAAGUCAGUUCAUCGCAGUUACGACAUUGCGAACGACAUCAGUAAGGAUCUGAUUGAAAAUGAAAGAAAUGAAAAGAAUGAUAACGGAAGCAGUAGUAAUUUAAGUAGUUCCGAUUCAGAAUCUGUCAAUUCUGAUGAUACUGGCAACGUAGCUGAUCGGCGACCUCGCAGACGACGUUUCUGCAAAGUAUUCGUUGUAAAUCGGAAGUCGCGAACCCGUGGGAUAAGCGGAAACUCCAGUAUUUCGGACACGCAAUCAUCAUCAGAAGCAAAUGUCGAGGAUUCCUCUGACAAUAAUACCGAUACGGAAAGGUCCCACUGUGGUGUUGUACUGCGAUGUAUUAAAUUAUUUAACGAAGGUGUCGAUAAUGUAAAUAAACGAACAAACGAAAAUGCCUUUCCUUUGCACGAAAGUGAUAGUUGCAGUAAUUCAAGUGCACAUGGUUUUAAACGUAAUGGUGACAGCGUACCUGAUAAUGACGACGAAUACGAAAGUGAAUGCAUUGAGUCGCAUGUGGCAAGUUACGCGACUGAAGAGACUGCCAAUGGCGCUUUUAUAAUCGACGGACAAGCAGACGAUAAUGAUGGAGGUAUAGUGCUAAAUUCUGUACGAUCGCUAAAUACUGAUGAAAGUGUAGAGGUGGCAAAUGUGCCAAUCAAUGUUCUUAAUGAUGAACAUAAUAAUGAUGCUAACGAUGAUCAUGGCACAGUUAGCAAGAAAGUGGCAAAUGAAAAAUUGCAUUCGAAAAAGCAACAGCAAGAGCAACAAGAACCACAAUUUGCAGCAAUUAGUAAACAAAAAAAUAACUUUAGCGCGUUAGGCAUGCAAUCGAAGCUUUCAAAUGAAACGCGUGCGGUUGACAACGGUUCGAUGAAUUCAACAGUAUCUCAGACUUUCGAUCAAUCACCGAUGGACGCGGUCGAUGCUUGUCAGGAGCUGGAUAGUAUUUCCAAUGAUGUGAAUCGCCUCCUGACUAUGACUAAGCAAAGUUCUGAAUUGGAAUUUAAAUUGCAAAAGCUGAAACGUGAUGUGGAAGAAAUUAAUCAAGAUCAUUUAACUGCAGCGCAGACCACAACAGAAACCCAAGCAAUUGCCAACAAUUUAGAUAGUGAACCUGCGGCUUUAGAGAGCAUUGCUAGGGCUUCAUCACAUUUAUUGCGAAAGCAUGUCUUACCUGAGGAAGUACAAACAUUAGAGAAAAAAUUACACAAUUUGUGCUUUAUGGUGAAAGAGGCUAAAAAUAAAACUAAAACCGGUGUGGUAACUAAAACCAACCAAGAACAAAAACAACAAGAAAAAAGACAACAGCAACAAGAACAACGACAAAGUGAGUAUAGAAUGGAAGCAUACAAAGACGUAAACAGUCAUGAAAUUCUAGCCGAGUAUUCAUCGCUUACUGCUGGCGUUGGUUCUAAUGUGCAAAAGAAAUGUGAGAUAGAAAAAGUGGAAAUACCUGUUGGCAAAUUAUGCACCACUGACUUCCAUCAGUCUUUAAUAAAGCAAGAUGAUGACGGCCGCAGCGACAACGACAACGACAACGAUAACGAUAACGACAGCGAUAGCGACGUUUCAGCUAAUCAUGGCGGCGGUGGUUUAUGCGAUGACGUAUUAAGUAUUGAGACUGGCAUUGUUUUUAACAGCGACCAUAAUUAUACAAAACGUGACAACGAAGAUUUUAAAAUUAACUACGUGCACUACGAUAAGCAAUUUAACGAUGACGAAGAGGAAGCGGAGGAGGAAUACGAGAAUAAUAUUAAAAGAAAUAUUGUGGAAAACGAAAGAGGAGGAGAAGAAGAGUACGACGUUGUUUACAAUGACGAAAACAAAUGCGAAGCAAAAGAAAACCAAAACAAAACCAUGCAAACUAAAACAAUAUGCGAUAGUGCUUUGGAUAAAUCUGAAAGUAGUAAUACUAGCAUUGCUGCUAACAGCACCACCACUAUUACCACUACUACAACUGCUACUACUGCUAUUAUAUGUGAAUCGUAUGUUUGCAAUAAACAGGUACGGGUGUGUGAGGUUCAACAAGCAGCUGCUUUCGUCGACGAGGAUGGAAGAUUGAGCAAUAAACAAAAUUUAAUAGAAAAACAAAACAACGACCAACAGUUCAGCGAAGCAUGCAAAACAAAUGAACUGCUUGACUGUUAUUAUGGUUGUGCGUUAGAUUUACUAAACAUCCGCAAGCCUCCCGCUUCCAGUAAUUUUACAGAAUACUUUAUGGACUCGCUAGAGCACAAUACUGCAAACAUUCAAUUAAACACAGGUAGAGAAGCGUUGCCGAUGUCACAAGUAAAGAGCGAACCAACUUCAAAAUCGAGAGAUACUAUUUCGCACUCGGAGAUCAAUCCAGCGUCGGUUUCGGUUGAUUUUUCUGCUUUGCAAGCAGUUGAAAAUGAAAUGUUAAACGGUAAAGACAAUAAUCGUGCGUAUGACUCUCUCGCAUACGAAAAAAAUGUUAAUAAAAACCAAAAAUCAAAUUAUAAGAGCGGGUACUUGGGUGCCGUACGAAAACCCAUAGAAAAACAACCACAAGCAACAAGUGGUACCACAACAGCGUUCUCGUUUAACGAAAAUACUAACAUCAAAACAAUUGACCACAAUAACGAAGAAGGGGACAAUAAUGCUAAAAAUAUCGUUUGCGAAGAUAUAGACGACGUGUUCGGUUUUAACAGCACAGCCACUCGCAAUAAUUACAAAUAUUAUGAGAAUAGUGUCGACCCUUCAAGCGGUGCAAGUGCAAGUGUUAAUACUGCAUGGCGCAGUUCAAAUUUGAUAACAACAGCAAGUGCUAAAUACUGUGAUAUUAAUUUUAAUGGUUCGCCCAAUUCGUUAUCGGCAAAAUAUCGAAGCUUAGUAAUGAUUACAAAAGAUCAAAACAAUGAAGAUGACGCUACGCCACGUGCGACAGGAGAUUUGUUUAACUCUGAAAAUACGUGUACGCUUAGCGACGUAAAUGCGAAUCGCGCUAUUAAUAUAUCUCAAGAGGAUAAUAACAUUGGCAAUGACUCAUUUAAAGCUCAGUUUAAAAUAGAUAAUAAUGAAGUGAUAGCGUCGUGUGCUGUGGAAGAGUUACGAGAUGACGAUCAAGUCAAUUCCGUAGAUUUGUUAAGAAAUCAACGUAUAACUGCGAAUGACGACGACGCUGACCAUGAUCAUGAUGUUAAUGACCCAAAAAGUAAUUCAUUAAGUGCUAAUAAAAAUUUAAACAGAAAUAAAGCCCCAACAGUUUGCCUGGAAGAUGGCUUGGCAGACGAUGACUCCUGGGUUGAGGAUUUAAGUGAACAUGGUGACGUUAAUAAUGACAAUGAAGAUGAUGAUAAUGAAACAACGCCCACUGGCACAGAUUCGGAAGAUGGCGAAGAUCCGCAUUUAAUAGGAAUGUUUACUGACCGUGAAGAAGAACUCAGGGGCUAUCACCGUACCGCUAUAGAUUUCACACUCCAUACUAUUGUUGAAGAAAGCUGUGAAGAAAGCGAGGGAGCUUCGUUGCGCGAUCACACUGACGAAGAGGAACUGGACGAUUUAGAGAAGAGACGUCAGCGCACGCUUCAACAUCAUCAUCGUCUGUCCGCCUCUGAGUUAGAAAAGUAUUUUUUCUUUGGCUUAGGAGACGGAAAAGUGAUGAGUUCGAUCGACACACGUGGCGACGAAACUUCAUCAGAAGUUAGCAGCGUAUGCUCAGAAGGUUUGGAUUCAUUAGGAAUACCUGAUGAGCCAGUUAAUGAUAUAAAUCAAGUGACGGAUUUGGCUUCAUCGCGUCUAGAAAAAUACUUCUUAUCUGGCUUUAUGGGUUUUAAUGCUGCCGAGAAAAAUGAAUCAGAUGAGAGCGGAAGUGUUGGUAGUGAUAGUGAAGGUCAGCCCAGCCCUAGUCAACGCCGAAAGCGUCUAGUACGAGCCAGAGGUACUCCAAGAUCUCAUAAUUCAUCAUUGGAUAACUUACUUGUGGACACGUUAACCGCUUCUGUUAAUGAUAAUCAGGAUAAUAAUCUGUUACCGAUUAACAAUGUAAAUGACAUGUUAGAUUCUUCUGAAUCGGAAGCAUGUGACGAAACCGUCAUUCAUGCUGCGAACAUUAGCGACAGAACUACUGAUGCUUUCGAUACUAUUAAACGUAAGAAGCAGGUACGCAAACGUCAUGAUUCACUAGAUGAAAAGAAAUUAUACGACGUCAGUCAAACGGAAGAUGUUAAUAAAUCACUCUCCACAAAUUUGGAAUGUCGCACUCCAACUCCUGGCUCCAUAAGCAAUUCUCAAGCAAAAAAACAGCAACAUCACAGUCGCGACAGCGGGUUCGUGGGUAGCAACGAUGACCUAUUAAAACCUACUGAAGGGGAAACAAUUUCUACUCAGUGCCGUACAAUGUCGCCAACAACUCUCGAACAAAUCAACGAAGAUAAAGAAAAUAACAAUGCAAAAACUGAACUAUCAUUGUCUAAUGAUGUGCCGCGUAUUAAUGUUCAGUUCGAAUCGGAUGCAAAUGUUUUUCCUAUAGAAAGUUUACCUAAAAAACAUUCGCUGCCACCAACAUCAAAUACAAAUUUGGUACGAAAAGAUAGCUUCAAUAAUUGGAGUUCCGACGAGGAAACUAACCUAAUGAUGUCUAAAAUGAGACAGUUUUUCAAAACAUUGGUGGUAGCAACCGCAAAUGCCCAACAGAAUCAGGGAUCUGAUAACAAUUCAAAGUCCGGCACGCCUAAUCAAACAACGCCUAUCUCUGUGAGACGGGCGAAAGCGCGCCCGGCUACGUUAGCUUACUUUGAAAACGAAUUAACGAGGUUAAUGAAAACUGUGCCCGGCAUAAAUGACGAACAAGUAAGAGAGAUCGUAGAGUAUUUGAGCAGUGAGGACACGUGGUCAGAUUCGUACGAUUCUUCGGAUUAUACUAGUUCGGAUUUAGAGGGAAGCAGUCAACGGCGAAGUGAGCUAAGGCAACAAAUAUCUGAUAGUUGUCAGCAAAUCAUUAAUAAAUUCGAAGUUGAUGAAGAGGGCGACCGAGGCGAUGGUGGUGUAUUGGAUGAAACAAGAGGUCUGACAAAUGACUCAGCUUUAGUUUAUCAAAAAUUGGUAGCUUCAUUUUCAAAAAUGGCUAUGGGGGAGAAUGCCAACAAGCCCGCAAGUCAAUUGCCAGAGCGAGAAUCUAAUGUACAAAUUGCGAGUAACAAUGUAAGCAAAGUAUUAGAAGACGAUCGAAUAUCGAAUAGUAGCAUUCGCAGUGCUGAACGUUCUCCACAAUUGUUUGCAAAAGUUAUGCAACAUAUAGGCGCACGUUUAGUAGCGUUAAUGCAUGAAGUGAGUAGUGGCAAUGAUUCGCACGGUACUAAUUCGCCAAUAUCCACGCAGCGAAAUCAGCAUAAGCGGUUGCAAGCUAAAAUUUCAGCGACAACGACCGAAGACGAGGAGGAUACAAUAGUGGAAGAAAAACACGGAAACACUCGUAGUGGCCAGUAUUUACACCCGUUAAUCGCUUAUAAUCCCUCCGCACAAUCCAACUGCCAAACGUCCAAUAGGCCCAACGCCUAUGCACAAGAUGAAGCCUAUCAUUUAGCGCGCAGCAAAUCGCACGACUUGUUGCUUGACUCAGGCUCUUCUGCGGCGGGUACUACUAAUAAUCCAGUAGGCAAUAGUGCAAACAAUAAUAGCUCUGCACAUACUCGACCGCAUCAUCACCAGUCAACUAGCGGCGUUAGCGAUACCGCCGGGGAGGAGUGCGGCGUCGCCAGCGACUACGAGCGCUUUUCCUGGCGCGGCAGUUUUGAGUCGGCAUUACUGGCUAAUGGCGAUUCCAGAACUAGACUUUCACAACUCGAUCGUGAUAACUCAUCGUCUGCAUCCGCUUUGGCCGUAGCAAAGCGUCGUUCGGCAGGUGAUUUGUUAUUUAAUCACAAAAGUCUUAGUAGGGAGCAAUUGGAUCGUGUGCGAUCAUGUGGCAGUAUAGGAGGCGGCGAUGAGCAACACCAAGUAUUAGAAACAUCACCAGCCAAGCCGUGGCUAUCGUCUUCUGAUUCGAAAGAUGUCAGACGUUCUAGCGUACCAGACGCCAUUUACGAAACAGAUUCCUCUUCCGAUGACAACGAACCAUUUGUAAGUGCCCGUUCGACGUUACCGCGUAGUUUGCUUAGCGCCACGCAAAUGUCUAGCACAAAUUCUUUACCUCGUCUGCCCACCACCGCCAAUACACCAAUAAGCUUGGGAGCGGCCACAACAGCAAGUUCAACGUCAGCUCUCGUAAUAGGAGGCACGGGUGUGGCAGCGACGUCAACACCUUUGUCUAAGUCACAAAAUGCAUUGAAUUUUACACCAACAAGCGGUAGCGUCAAGAGUGCUCGUUAUCGUCCACCCGGAUUGACGGCACGCCACAAUUUUGGUUCUAUUACCAAUAAAAAGUCUACACAAACACAUGGCCAGGGAUUGCACCACUUUUUAUAUUCUAAACGUGAUGCACGUAAACGUUUAAACUUGUCCACGGAAGAAGCUAAAGCGGCUGCCGAAGAAUUAAACCGUUCACCUGUUAUGGAUCAUAGUGGUAUUGAUCCCAGCGCUAGUCCCUUGCAAUCUCGUGGCUCAGCUUCCAGUGAUGCUUGGCAUGGCCAAUCCGACGAAGACAUAGACCGUUUAGUGGCGAUGCAUCAAAAUCGUAGUAGUUUAAGUUCAUUAGGGUUACGUUCCGAUUCUAUGGCAAGCGUCUAUUCGGGAGCUGGUGAAGGUCGUUAUGGUACGGUAGUGGUUAAAGGACAAGUAGAAUUUGGUAUGCAAUAUAACUACAAAUUAGCAGCCUUGGAGAUACAUGUUGUGAGAUGUAAGGAUUUGGCAGCUGUGGAUUCGAAGCGCAACCGUAGCGAUCCUUAUGUUAAGGUAUAUUUAUUACCCGAUAAAUCUAAGGCUGGCAAACGGAAAACUAAAGUCAAGAAGCACACGUUGAAUCCAAUAUUCGAUGAAGUGUUACGUUUUCAUAUGCCUAUAGCUAGUUUAGAGGCGCGUACACUUUGGUUAACCGUAUGGCAUUCCGAUAUGUUCGGUCGAAAUGAUUUCUUGGGCGAAGUUAGCGUUAAUCUGCAAGGCAGAGUUUUCGACAAUCCGCAAUCGCAGUGGUAUCUACUACAAGAAAGGAGUGAGCCUUUUGAUGAGGUGGCUACUUACAGGGGUGACAUCGUGGUAGGGUUAAAAUAUGUAACACCUGAAAGUACGAAAUCUACAUUUAUGCGUAGCGGCUCCAUAGUCAGCGGUAUGGGCAGUGGUUUAAGGAAAUUCGGCAGCAUUAAGUCAGUGUCCACUUCUAAAGCUGAACGUACUGCAAAGGGAGGACAAUUGCACGUCUUGGUUAAAGAAGCGAAACAUCUUACCCCUAUUAAACCAAAUGGCUGUUGUGAUGCUUUUUGUAAAAGUUAUUUAUUACCCGAUCGUACUCGAAGUUCAAAACAAAAAACUCCCGUAGUGAAAAGGUCCAAUAACCCCAGUUGGACUUAUACUUUUAUUUAUGAAGAUGUGUCGUUAGAAGAUUUAUCGGAAAGAGCUUUGGAGUUAACCGUAUGGGAUCACGAUCGCUUGGCUAGCAAUGAAUUUUUAGGCGGUGUACGAUUUUCCUUGGGUACCGGUAAAAGCUACGGUCGCCAAGUUGAUUGGAUGGAUGCUUCGGGCAAAGAAUUAUCCUUAUGGCAAAAUAUGCUUGAUCGUCCCAAUUUCUGGGUCGAAGGCAGUUUAGUAUUAAGAUCGACACUUGACGGUAUACGAAUUACACCAUAAUUAUUAUAUUAAAAUUAUUUUGAAAUUUGCAUUAAAAUUAAUUAAUUUAUUUGUUUGCAGUAUAGAUUACACACAUACAACUGUAAUGUGUAAUGACUUGCAAAGUAUAUUAGAUUUACAUUAAAAACAACAACAGCAACAACAACAAUAAUAAUAAUAAUAAUAAUAAUGAUAACAACAACAUCUACACUACAACAACAACACAAAAGACAAGGUAUCAGUGAUCCCAAAAAUCAUACACAGAUAAAACACACAAAACUCUGUAUAAAAUUUUUACUUCGAAUCCUUGUCAACCCAACGUAGUAAGUAAUAUAAAGUAAAAUAUAAAGUAUUUACAUAAAUACCUAAUAUUCUUAUGAAAUUGUUUAAUAUACUAAAAAAAAGAAAUAUGACAUAAUUUAAGAGUAAGGAGAUUAAAUUAUGAAAAAAACUCUUCUAAUAUGCAUUCACACAAUACAUAAAAUAAAUUUC